GAAAAAAAAAUUCAGUGAGCUCGUCUCUCUCGCACGUAUGUGAUUUUAUCAGUGAUCAGGAUAGAAAUUUUGCAACUUUAUUUCUUUAAAUUUAUCUAUUGAGUAAACUUUAAAUAUUAGUAAAUUAUAUUUUGCUAAAUUGAACUUCUUUGUGAGAGUUUCAGUCUUGAGUUAUGGCGGCUGCUUCAAGAAUUAUUACCCGUUUUCAAGUGUUCAAUUCUUAUAUUACAGGCGGAUUUUUGACCGGUGUUCGUUUAAGCAGUUCUUACAGUCAAUCAAGAAAAAAUCUUAUGUUGACCGCUGAAACCAAGGUCAUUUGCCAAGGUUUUACUGGAAAACAAGGUACUUUUCACAGUCAACAAGCUUUGGAAUACGGUACCAAACUUGUCGGGGGAAUUUCACCAAAAAAGGGUGGUACUGAGCACCUUGGAUUGCCAGUUUUUGCUACAGUAGCAGAGGCUAAAAAAGCCACAAAUUGCGAUGCAACUGUCAUUUAUGUUCCUCCACCGGGAGCUGCAGCUGCCAUAAUGGAAGCACUUGAAGCUGAAGUAGGAUUAAUUGUGUGCAUUACAGAGGGUGUUCCACAGCAUGACAUGGUUCGUGUUAAACAUGCUUUAUUAACUCAAGGAAAGUCAAGACUAGUUGGACCAAAUUGCCCAGGCAUCAUAGCUCCAGAAAGAUGCAAAAUAGGGAUUAUGCCUGGUCAUAUUCACAAGCGUGGUAAAGUUGGAGUAGUGUCAAGAUCUGGAACUCUAACUUAUGAAGCGGUAAAUCAAACAACAGAGGUUGGAUUAGGACAAACCCUUUGCGUGGGAAUUGGUGGCGAUCCGUUUAACGGUACCGACUUUAUUGAUUGCCUGGAUGUUUUUUUGAAAGACCCCGAUACAAAAGGAAUAAUUUUGAUUGGUGAAAUUGGUGGAGUAGCUGAAGAGAAAGCUUCAGAGUAUCUUCUUGAACACAAUCAAGGAAUAAAAGCUAAACCAGUAGUAUCAUUCAUUGCUGGUUUGACAGCCCCUCCUGGUAGAAGAAUGGGUCAUGCUGGUGCAAUUAUUUCAGGUGGUAAAGGUGGAGCUGGUGACAAAAUUAAAGCUCUUGAAAAGGCUAACGUAAUCGUUACGAGGAGCCCAGCUCAUAUGGGAAAGGAAUUAUUUAAAGAAAUGAAGCGGUUAGAAUUAGUUUAGAUAUAUUUUGAAUUAUUUCAAAUUGCCAAUAUAAAUUAAUAAACAAAAAAAAUACAAGAUCAGGCUAUAUAAAUCAAUAAACAUAAAAAAAAUAAGAUCAGGUAAAUUUUCCGUUAAUGUUAACUUUCAAUUUUUAAUGAAUUUCCAUAUUUAACUUAUAAUGUUGCAUGUUCUCUUUCAAUAGAUGCCGCAAUUAUUUCUAUUGAAUAGUGUAUAUUUAAAUUAUGUUUUAAAACAUGUUUGAAUUUUGAAACAAAAAAUUAUAUUUUCAACCAAAUUAUAUAAUGUGUUCAAAGCAUGUUUUAUAAACUAUUUUAAGACAUCUCACUGAAUUAAAAUUGUAAGCCUCUUAUAAAUUGUGGUGAGAUAUUGACUCCGCAGAGUUCCUGUGUAGUAUUUAAUUGUAAUACAAAAAUGUAAAACUAGAAUUUUAUUAUUUAAUACUACAACUAUAUUGGCGUCAUUUUUAGCAAAAUUAUGUAAAACCUCAUUCACCACAUAUUAUAAAGUUGGCAUUAUGUUAAGCACCAUGUUGCAAAAUAUUCAAAUUAAUAAAUAGAGUUUAUAUUUCUUUUUA